UCAGUCUAUUACGUGAGUGAAGAGGUGAAUAUUUAACGAGGUCGUGAAUCCAACGUUCACGUUAAUUAUCAACACAAGUUCUAAACGAUUAACAAUUUGCUUACGCAUCCUUUUUAAAAACCAACAACAAAUCUACGAACAAAGCUUCAUAAUUUACUUAGUGUUGUAAAGAAAACAUUAUUAAACUAACUAUCAGCCAUGGCUGCUAUGUCCGUGAUCGGAAUUGACUUCGGCAAUGAGAGCUGUUAUGUAGCUGUAGCACGAGCGGGAGGUAUUGAAACCAUAGCUAACGAUUACAGCCUUCGAAGCACACCAUCAUGCGUAGCAUUCAGUGGAAAGAAUCGAAUUCUUGGUGUAGCUGCUAAAAAUCAAAUGGUAACCAAUAUGAAAAAUACUAUUUAUGGAUUCAAAAGAUUAUUAGGUAGAAAGUAUAAUGACCCACAAGUACAACGUGAGAUUAAGAUGUUACCUUUUAAGGUAACUCAGCAGGCAGAUGGAAAUAUUGGUAUACAUGUACAGUACUUGGGAGAGGAACACAUUUUUUCACCCGAACAAAUAACUGCAAUGUUAUUUACAAAAUUAAAAGAUAUAUCUGAAACAGCUUUACAAACUAUUGUUAAUGAUUGUGUCAUUUCUGUUCCUUCAUAUUAUACACAAGCUGAACGGCAAGCAUUGCUUGAUGCUGCACGAAUAGCAGGUUUAAAUGUUCUUAGAUUAUUCAAUGAAACAACAGCUACUGCUUUGUGCUAUGGUAUCUAUAAACAAGAUUUACCAUCACCUGAUGCACCCCCAAGAAAUGUCGUUUUUGUUGAUUGUGGAUAUGCUAGCUUACAAGUAUGCAUUUGUACAUUCCACAAAGGAAAAUUAAAAAUGUUAGCAAGUAGUGCUGACAGUCAAUUAGGUGGAAGGGACAUAGAUUCUAUAUUAGCAGAAUAUUUCUGUAAAGACUUUCAGUCACGUUAUAAUAUUGAUCCACGCACAAAUCCCCGUGCAUAUCUAAGAUUAUUAACAGAAGUUGAAAAACUGAAGAAACAAAUGUCGGCCAAUUCCACGACACUUCCUCUUAAUAUCGAAUGUUUUAUGGAUGAGAAAGAUGUACAUGGUGAAAUGAAACGAGCGGAUAUGGAAGCGAUGUGCGCACAUUUAUUUAAACGCGUGGAAACAGCUUUACGUCAAUGUCUCGAGGACUCUAAACUAAAAUUAGAUGACAUUCAUUCCGUGGAAUUAGCGGGAGGUUCUAGUCGCGUUCCUGCUAUUAAACGAUUAGUUGAGGAAGUUUUUGGUCGUCCUGUAUCUACAACAUUAAAUCAAGAUGAAGCUGUUUCCCGGGGAUGUGCACUUCAAUGUGCAAUGUUGAGUCCUGCUGUAAGAGUCCGAGACUUUUCAGUAACUGAUAUUCAACCAUAUCCGGUGAAAUUAACCUGGGAUGCUACUCAAGGUGAAGAAGGAGAGAUGGAAGUCUUUGGGCAUAAUCAUCCCGUACCGUUUUCAAAGAUGUUAACAUUUUAUCGAUCGAGUCCAUUUACGCUAACUGCUAGUUACACAAUGCCACCGGCAUCUUAUCCCCAAUCACACAUUGGUGUAUUCGUAAUAAAAAACGUAAAACCAACACAAGAAGGAGAGUCGUCAAAAGUAAAAAUAAAAGUAAGAAUAAACUUAAACGGUAUCCUCACUAUUGCUUCGGCGUCGCUUGUUGAAAAACGCGAACUCACACAACAAGAAAAGGAGGAAGAAGAAAAACUGCAACAGCAGCAGCAACAACAAAAUAAUAUGGACGUUGAUCAGCCAGAGAAAAAAGAUAAACCUGAUCAGGAAGCACAGGCAAAUGAGCCACCCGCGCCUGAGGUGAGCAUGGAUAAAACACGUCGGAACUCAGAUGCUGAUGAUGGUGGAAGAGGUGCGAGGGGUUCUGCCCCUUCUUACUCCUCCAGGAUUCUCUCUUGGUUCAGCUCGGGCGACGAUAAAGACGAAAAUAAAGGUAAAAAGAAAAUUCCUGUUCGAAAUAUUGAACUGCCAGUGGAAAUGCACGGAUUUGGACUUAAUCAACGUGAUUUGGAUGCAGCAUUAGAAAAAGAGUGUAAGAUGAUUGCUGGAGAUAGGCAGGAAAAGGAACGCAUCGAUGCUCGCAAUGCAUUAGAAGAAUAUGUUUAUGACUUGCGUGCUAAGUUAUCGGAAGAAGAUCAGUUAGCCACGUUUAUUACAGAGGCAGAUAAAGAAAUACUUUGCCGCGCAUUAGAUGACACUGAAAAUUGGCUUUAUGAAGAAGGUGAAGAUUGUCAACGACAAGUUUAUUCAGAACGACUAACAUGCCUUAAAGCACAAGGUGAACCAAUUAAAGAAAGGCGAAUGGAAUUUGAGGGUAGAAAUCAUGCAUUGGAAGAUUUAGCAGGAGCAUUACAGCUUGUUAAGAAGGGUGUAGAUCUCAUUAGGGCAUCCAGUGGAAAAGACAAUAAGUAUUCACACUUAACAGAAGAGGAAGUGAAAAAGGUUGAAAAAACUGUACAGGAAAAAUGGGCGUGGCUUGAUGAGAAACGCGUACUUCUUGCCGGUACACCUCGCACACAACAACCACCGGUUACUGUCGCACAAAUACGUGCAGAGAAACAGUCACUGGAUAGUAUUGUAUUACCAAUCUUAAAUAAACCAAAACCUAAAGUAGAACCUCCAAAAGAAGAAAAACCUAAAGAUAAAGCAGCCGAAGAUCAACAAAAAAAUAAUCAAAAUAGUCAAGGUGAUGGUCAUGCUCAAACUAAUCAACAACAGCAACCUCAAGAAGAAAAAAUGGAUGUUGAGUAACAGUAACCCUAUUUUAUGUGUUUUAAUAAUAUUGAAGCUAUCAUUAUUAAAAUAACGGAAAUUAUUUCAUCGUACAAGUCAUUUUUAUCAUGUCACAAAAGCGCCUGAUACGUUGUGUAGUUAGCACAUGUUUCUUUUUCUUUUCCUAUAAUAGUUAUGGAUGUGAUAAGUUGACCUAUUUAAGACAAAUGUACCACAAUGAAGUAUAUUGAAAUUUGGAGAAUUUUUUUUUAAUUAUAACCAAAAUGCAUAUA